AAACUUAUUUUUCUCAACUUCAAAGACAACCCAAUCACUAGAAAGGCACGUUUCUCGAUCAUUUCGUGACACUAAAUUCAGUUUGCCCAAUUAAAAAUUAUUUUUGAAGCACUUGUGCACAACAAAUUGCGUCACUGUUUGAAACAAACAAGUCGGGUUUUUCGUUUAAAUAGGACGGGUCUUGAAGGCAGAAACCAUCCGAAGUGCUACAGUCGAAGAAGUCACAUCUAGUUGUCUUCAUCCUGUGGUGCUGAGCAGAAGUUGAGACGUCCGUCUUCAGUCUGUCGUUUUGCUGCCUUCAGCCGCUUCACUGCAACAUUAUCACCGUCCUACUGACGGGUCUUGAAGGCAGAAACCAUCCGAAGUGCUACAGUCGAAGAGGUCACAUCUAGUUGUCUUCAUCCUGUGGUGCUGAGCAGAAGUUGAAACGUCCGUCUUCAGUCUGUCGUUUUGCUGCCUUCAGCCGCGUCACUGCAACAUUAUCACCGUCCUACUGCAAAAUGCUGCGAUUGGCAAGCUUAAGCGCAUUGCUGGUGGUUAUCAGCUUGGCUAGCUACCAAGUUUCCGCCGAUGAUGCGCCUAGUUUCGAUAGACCUGUACGAAAUGCCUACACUGAUUAUCCAAAGUAUAGAGCACCUCCUAAUAAGAAUGAUGUCGAGAAAGAUUACACGGAGUUCGAAUAUAAUGUCCAAGAGGCAAUCUGGGACGCGCACGAUGCUGCCAGACAGGAUGAAGAUGGAGAUCACGAGCAUAUCGAAUACGAAGAGUUUUCUAAAUUCAUGAAAACAUUCUAUGAAAAAAGGACGGAUCCGAAGAACACAGAUAGGGUGCACCUCUCAGAUUCUCAUAUACGCGCUCUCUUCCGAAUCUAUGACAAGGACCACAACAACAAAUUGAGCAAGAAAGAGGCACUUGUCGGACUUCUUCAGCACCAGGAAUUCUUAUUUUUUGGGGUGGACCACAACAACAAAUUGAGCAAGAAAGAGGCACUUAAUCAACAUGACUCUUCUCAUAAGGCAGGUGAAAAAUACGCUCUCUCUCAGAACAUUGACUUCCUUGAGCUGUUCCAGCGCAUGCUUUCCCACAACAGACUGAAAUUGGGUUGGGAGAACACCAUGGGAGUUGUACCAGCAGGCAGCAACUAAUGAUAACAACACAAAAGGAUUUUAUCGGAAAUUGUCAAACAAUAACAUGAAUGUAUAUCUCCUUCCUAUUAUCAUUAUUUUUAUCACAUUGAAUUCUCUUAUCAUUUUAUUAUAUUAUUGUAUGUAAUUAUUAUAAUUACUGUUGUUAUUUCAUUUAUUAUCUACAGGGUUUUUGGGUUAAUAAAGUGUGAGUGUGUUCAAGCAUUGAA